AGGAGAGCCGAGCACUGUGAGAAUUCCUGCUGUGUUAGCAUCCACCCAGCAACUCUGUCAAUACUGCAUACAGCUAAGAAACAGGCAGAGGCCCCUGGUGCUGCAUUUGCCGGCUCCGUCAGUGAGAGAGAGCAGCUUCCACAAUCCCCCCAAUCCGUGUGCUGCUCGAGAGGUUUUUCCCAGGGAUAACACACCCACCAGAGCCCCGGCCGCUACUGCUGCGUCGGAGGGAGAGGAAGAGACAGGAGGAGAGCUGAACAGUAGAUACGGAGUGGGAAUACUCUAGAAGAGAGAGACGAUCCUGGGGGAGGGACAGGAUUCUUGGAAGACUGGGUGUGAUAGUAUUCUAACGUGCUCCACAGGAAAGGCUGAACACUGGGGCGUUUGACAGACAAGCACUCAGCGGUGCACCUGCUCUACACUAGCUUGUUGGGUGGUGAUGUGGGAGAGCUGAUGUCUACAAUGGCUGACCUGGAUCUGCACCUGCACAUACUGAUACCCCCGUUUCAACACUGUCGUGGUUACCUCCCAACCCAGCAGCCCAACCCCAGGAUCUGACCCCGUCUCUUCCUCACCUCCCCUGGGCUUCCUCCAGCCAGGCCUCCUGGAUCUACCUUGGGCCCAUAAUGGGAGGAUGCCUCUCCAAAAGCAAGCCAGUUGAAGUGAAGGUGGAGCUAACCCUUCUGGGCAAAGAAAAGGAUCCAGGUGUGAAGUCCGCCAAUGGAAAGGCGAGCCCCUUUUCUGACUGCAGACCCAACGGAGCACUGGAACACUGCUCCGAUGAGGACUCCGCCGCUGCCGCCCCCCUCAGGCUCUACAAACCCCGUGAUUACCUGGAGGCCUCCGUGUGUCAUGUCAAGGACCUGGAAAAUGGACAGAUGAGAGAGGUUGAUUUGGGAAGUGGCAGAGCGCUGCUCAUUAAAGAACAUGGAGAGUUUUCUGCAAUGGGGCACAAGUGCCCACAUUAUGGGGCACCAUUGGUCAAAGGUAUCUUGUCCAAAGGCCACGUGCGUUGCCCCUGGCAUGGAGCUUGUUUCAACAUCGUUACAGGAGACAUUGAGGAAUUUCCUGGGCUUGACAGCCUGCCCACCUUCCAGGUCCGAGUUGAAAAGGACAAAGUGAUAAUUCGUGCUAACAAACAGGAUCUUCAGUCACAGAAGAGGUCAAAAGCAAUGGCCCGAUGUUCAGCAGUUAACUCCAGCACUGGCUUCAGCCAGGUCCUUAUCGUUGGAUCAGGUCCAGCAGGGCUGGUGUGCGCUGAGACAUUGCGACAGGAAGGCUUCACUGAUCGCAUUGUCAUGUGCACUAUGGACAAACACCCACCCUAUGACAGGCCUAAACUGAGUAAGUCCUUAGAGAGCACAGCAGAGCAGCUCCGGCUACGCUCCAUAGACUUCCUCCAAGCCCACGACAUCGAGUUGCUCACGGAGAAGGAGGCUGUGGCAGUGGACGUCAAGGCGAGGGCUGUGACUUUUCAAGACGACUCUAGGAUGGAAUACAGGAAGCUUUUCAUUGCCACAGGAAGCAAACCUAAGCUGAUGAACUACAAAGGCCAGGACGUUAGGAAUGUGUUUCACCUCCGAACCCCUGAAGAUGCUAACAGCGUAGCGAGGCUGGCCAACAACAAGAAUGCUGUGAUUGUGGGAACAUCAUUUGUUGGUAUGGAGGUGGCUGCUGCUCUCACUGACAAGGCCCACUCUGUCUCCAUCAUUGGGAUAGAAGCAAUCCCUUUCCGGAAAGCUCUGGGGGAGAAAGUAGGGAAAGCCAUAAUGAAGCUGUUUGAGACGAACAGGGUGAAGUUCUACAUGUUGAACGAGGUAUCGGAGAUGCUUGGCCAUGAUGGACAGUUGAAAGAGGUGGUUCUGAAGAGUGGGAAAGUACUAAGGGCGGACGUGUGUGUCAUUGGCACAGGGUCAGGCCCAGCCACUGGCUUCCUGAAACAGAGUGGAGUUCACAUGGAUUCCAAGGGUUUUGUCCCCGUCAACAAGACAAUGCAGACCAACGUUGAUGGUGUCUUUGCCGGAGGAGACAUUGUGACGUUUCCUUUUCCGGGGCGGAGCAAUAAGAAGGUGAACAUCCCACACUGGCAAAUGGCCCAUGUGCAUGGGAGAGCAGCAGCACUUGGCAUGAUGGGAAGACCCACUGAGAUCAAAACAGUGCCCUAUUUCUGGUCGGCCAUGUUUGGGAAAAGCCUACGCUAUGCAGGUUACGGGGAUGGCUUUGAUGACGUCAUCAUCCAAGGAGACGUGGAUGAGCUGAAGUUUGUGGCAUUUUAUACCAGGGGUGAGGAGGUGGUUGCCGUGGCCAGCAUGAACUUUGACCCCAUUGUAUCCCGUGUGGCAGAGGUCUUAAGGUCUGGAAAGAUGAUUAGAAAGCGAGAUGUGGAGACAGGGGACAUGUCUUGGUUGAUAGACAAAGGGUCAUAGUGAGCGAGCCUCCACAUCUCAGGCUCUCCGUGCAUCUGGGGUCGGUUGGACACUAACUAUGGACACUUGUGGUGCUGAUGAGAUGCUGUGCCAUACUGUAGACAUACAGCAGAAGACCCAUGUCUGGGACUGUUGGAGUUGCUCCCCUGGAAUCGAGGCUGAGACGGUUCUACAGUGAACCUCCACGGUGAUAGGCUGUACAUACAGUAUUCUUACCAAAAGCAUGAACCAUAUAUGGUGUUAACAUGCUCCAAUACCGUAAAGGAAGAUCUGUGUCCUAAUGCUACUUCACAGUGAAGCAAACAUGGAUGCAGUCUCUGUGCUUCUGCAUUAUGUAUCUACCUGUACACUUUUUUAUAAGGGGCCAGAUAGGGGUAUUGAAUUUUUUUGUACAUGCAACUUUGUAUAUAGUUAUAAUUCUCAAUACACUGUAAACAAAACCGUUUUAAACUGUAGUUUUCUAAGGUUGAGAUGAACUAAUCUGGUUAAGUAUGAUCAUGUGGGCUAAAACAGGCAAUGUACAGUAUAUCUGGUAGUUGAAAUAAUAGGAUUUCUAAUAGAUUGCUUCGAUGAGUUGGGGCUGAACAAAGACAUUGUUACCUAUAAAAGCCACAUAAAAACAAUGCUUAGAUUUGUCAGCUUUGCAUUUUGACCCUUAACUGCACAAUGUUUGCCUCAAAGCCAUGCAAACAGCCUGGUCUUAUAGACUAGACAUAACAUAGUACGUGUAAAUCUGGGAUAUUCAAAUUAGUAUGAUAUGUUAUGUAUGUUAAGUAUAACGCGUUUAGCAUUUUAGCAACUUUACAAGUACUUACUACUUUUUAGCUACUUUGCAUGUUAGCUAACCCUUCCCAUAGCCCUAACCUUAACCACUUAACAUGACACCCAACCCUAACCUUAACCCUAGCUAACGUUAGACACCCAGCUAACAUUAACAUUAGCCACCUAGCCACCUAGCUAAUGUUAACAAUAACAAAUUGGAAUUCGUAACAUAUCAUGCAUUUUGAAAAAUGUGUAGCAUAUUGUACAAACUGCAAUUCGUAACAUAUUGCAUGAAUUGCAAUUCAUAACAUAUCAUACAAAUUGUAAUUUGACAUCCACAAACUAAUACAUACCAUACGAAACGUAACAUAUCAUACUAAUUGGAGUGUCCCGGAUUUACAUGUACUAUGCUACGUCUACCCCUGAGUCCAGUGUGAUGCAACGUAUCAUAACAAGAUGAACUACACAUAAUCCAUAGUUGUCUCUUUCCCCACCUGACGCAUAAAUGCACGGACACACACACACACACAUGAAAUCCUCACAAGAUGCUCACAAAUCACUCCUUUAAGGAUGACAAUGUACCUCUAUUUAUUGGUGGCUCAUAGAUUCCAUAAAUGAGAAAUUGAAAUGUAUUUUAAUCUAUGUUCAUGCUUGCGCAAUAGAAUAACAUGUCUGUGCUUUCUAAAAGGUAAAUGACUGUUGUUCUUUUAGAUAUGGUCAUGUCAUAGUUGCUGAAGGCUAUUUUUGGUAGUUGUCACCUAUGAAUGCUCUUUGUUACUAACUCAGGGAACUGAGGUUUGAGGCCUGGUCACAUUGGGAUUGGUCCCAUUGCAAACACAUUCAUUUGUUUCUUUUAUUUUCUUACCAUAUGUUAGUUCUCUGUAUUUGAAGAGGUCUUGUUUUCAGAACUUGUUUAUAAUUCCCUUAGAUGUGUAGAGGAGAAAGCAUUUCCAUCUCUAUUUUGGCAUGUUGAAGAUUCCAAAAUAUUUAAGCCCAGAGGUGAAAGACAUUUUUAAAAACAUAUUCUUCAUACAGGGAAGAUUAGAAUGGUAUUUUUUAUAAUAGAAACUUUGAAAUAAAAGUCUUCAACUAUUUUUUUCUGUACUACUCUGCAUGUUUUGGAAUUAAAGCUACAUGUGCAGUGGGGUCCAUAAUUAUUGGCACCAGUUUUUAAUAAUCUAGCACCCUCUCCUUGAGGAGGAUAAUGACUGAGCCUUUUUCUAAAAUGUUUUAUGAGAUUGGAGAACACGUCUGGAGUGAGCUUAGAACCUUCCUCCAUACAUAAUAUUUCCAGAUCCUUGAUAUCCUUUGCCUGCGCUUAUGGACUGUUCAAAACACAGGUUUUCAAUGGGGUUCAAGUCCGGAGACUGAGAUAGCCAUUGGAAAAUGUUUAUUUUGUGGUCAAUUAACCAUUUAUUUCUGGAUUUUGAUUCAUGCUUGGAGUCAUUGUCUUGCUGGAAGAUCCACUUGGGGCCAAGUUUCAGCCUCCUGGCAGAAGCAACCAGGUUUUUGGCUAAAAUGCCCUGGUACUUGGUAGUUCAUGAUGCCGUUGAGUAGAACUGGGAAUUUCCAGAGACCUCGUGAUACGAUAUUAUAAUAUUCCUUAGGUGGCGAUACCAUAUGUAUUGCGCUUCUCAUGAUUCUAUAUGUAUUGCGAUUAGAUACUCUGAUUUUAUUGCGAUUCAAUGUUCCAAUCAUAUUGCUCGCCAUCUGUCUGCUGAGUUUUGAUUAGUCAUAGAAAUAAAAGUGCUGAAAACAAAUUGUCUCCCUAUUUAAAAGAAGAUG